AUGCUUCGUCUAGCAAAAGAUAUUGAAUUUGAACAAGAUAAAAAUCAUUACGAGCAAAGAACUUUAGAAUUAAAUAAUAAUUUAAAUAAUAUAUUUCCUAAUCUCAAUGAAUUAAAACAUGGUGAUCUUGUACAAUUUAGAAAUGAACGUUUACAAUUUUCAUUUUAUGUUUAUAAAGCUAAAAAAGGUACAUUUGAACAAUUAUUAAAUAAAUUUAAACAAUACGUACAAAAAAUUAUUGAACAAAACGACUGCGAUGAAUAUGGAAUUCCACCUUUAUUUAAUGAUGCACCAUUAUAUUAUUUUAAACAUCUUUCACCUGGUUUAAUGUAUCGAUGGGUUUAUUUACAAUUAAUUGAUAAAUCAAUGCCUAUUUAUGAUAUUAUUCAAAAGGAUAUUCAAUUAAAAAGACAAUGUCCGACUUAUCGAACAUUAGUAAAUGAAGGUGGAUUUGAAGAUGAAACUUUAAUCAAUGAAUUACAACAUAGUGAAGAAAAAAUCAUUGAAGAUUUGAAUACAUUUCCAGGUGCUUAUGCAUUCAUUUUUGAUGAAGUUAGAACAAAAUUAAAUAUUGAUUGGAGAAAAAUUGAUUCUAAUGAUUAUUGUAAUCAAUAUUCAGCAAUAUAUUUAUUAACUAAAUGGACACAACAAUUACAAUAUGAAAAUCAAUAG